UGAGCUAGAUCCAGCCAUAAAUAUUUUGUUAUUAUUGUGCAUAUAUAUUUGCCUAUAAAAUAAGAAAACAAAAGCACUGAAAAUUUGAAACCGUUGCACCCAGAAACCACUGCGCUCAAAAAUGGCUAACCCUUCAACCACUCUAAUAUUUAUGGCUCUACUUUGUAUUUCAGCAGCAGCAGCAGCGACAAAAAAUAAGCUGUACUCAAUCGAAAAUUCGAAUGUUGGCCUUUGCAAAUCAUUAGUGGAGACACAAGGCUACAUUUGCCAAGAACAUAAAGUAACAACAGAAGAUGGCUACAUCCUUGGCCUGCAGAGGAUUCCAAAUGGACGAUCCGGUAAUACGACAGCCGACAAGCUGCCUAUUCUGUUACAACAUGGAUUGUUACUGGAUGCUUCAUCAUGGCUAUUCAACCCGCCGGAAGAAUCUUUGCCAUUUAUCUUGGCUGAUCAUGGUUUUGAUGUCUGGCUUUCCAAUGCUCGUGGGACGAGAUCUAGUCGUGGACACACAUCACUUAGUCCUAAUGAUCCGGCUUACUGGGACUGGUCAUGGGAUGAAAUGGUUGUUUAUGAUCUUCCUACUUCAGUCCAGUACGUCCGUGAUCAAACAGGACAGAAAUUACACUACGUCGGACAUUCCAUGGGAACUUUGGCUGUCCUCGCUGCCUUCUCGGAGAAAAAGCUGUUUAACUUGCUAAGAUCAGCUGCUUUGCUUAGCCCGGUUGCUUAUCUGGGUCAAAUACCCUCACUGAUUUUAAGAACUGCUGCCGAAACAUUUUUAGCAGAAGAAGUGAAAUUGUUGGGAUUCCCGGAAGUUCCAAACGAGCAGAUUAUAAAACUAGUGCAAUCGAUCUGCAGAUCACAGGGAAUUGACUGCUCCGACUUACUGGCAGCUGUCGGAGGCCCAAAUUGUUGCCUCAGUCAUUCAAGUAUAGAUGCUCUCUUUAAGAACCUUCUCCAGCCCACUUCAACAAAGAACCUUAUACAUUUUGCUCAGAUGAUCAGGAAAGGAACCAUAGAAAUGUACGAUUACAGUCACGCAUACAUGAACAUGGAACACUACAGGAAGCCUACUCCUCCCGUGUACAACAUGGCAAACAUUCCGAAGGACAUUCCUCUUUUCCUCAGCUAUGGAGGGAGAGAUUCAAUUUCUGACGUGAAUGAUGUGGGAGUUUUGCUUGACGACCUCGAAGAUCAUGAUAAGGACAAGCUUGUGGUACUGUACAGAGAGGAUUAUGCUCAUUUGGAUUUUAUCAUGAGUGUGAAUGCCAAUCAACUUGUGUAUAAUCCUCUAGAGGCCUUCAUCAGGCUUCAUUAAUUAAGAGUAAAGACUACAGCUACUUUUGCAAAUAUGUUGAAGACAUUUCUUUUGUCUGACAAUUAUCAAAAUUCAUAAGUUAUUUAUAAAGAAAUCGUAAAUAGGGUUUCGGAUUUGAAUUCCGUAGGUAAUUUAAGGAAGGUAUUGCUUGUAUAGAAGUUACGCAUCUACAUAUAUGAGCUUUCCUAUA